AUGCACCUCCAACCGACAAGCCGCACUGCGCUGAUGAUUAAUUAUGUCUGGCAACGAACUCAUAGCAGAGCAAAGUUUGUGCCCACCAAUGUGCCUGUUCAGCCGUUAGCGCAAACUAGAUAUAAAUGGCUUCGAGAAAUACAAACGUACGCAAAGAAGGAGGAGACGAAUGAGGUGAAUCGACCACUUCAAGAGGGUACAGUUGCCCCGAUGUCUAACGAUAGGACAAUCAGCUGUCGCUUAGAUACAUUAUUAGACCUGAUCGAGCAGAGUCGCGUGGAGCAAAACAGUGAACGAGAACUUGAGCUCUUACUGGAUCUUUAUGGAAUUCUUAAGCGGCGGAAUGAGCAAGAUGCUGAUGCAUUUGAAGCUGUUUUCUGUAUUGCACGACUAUAUGACGCGCAAUUCGGGAACACAAAAACUGCUAUCAAGUAUUAUGAAGAAGCUGUUGAGGUUUUGAAAAAAAUCUCUACAGAAGAAACGGUCUGGGGCGCAUACAUGCGCUUGACAACUAUCGGAGCUCUUGCAGUGUGUUAUGAGAAUCUUGAUAACGCAGACAUAGCUUUAAAGUACUUUGAAGACGCAAUUGAAGUGUAUGAAAAACACUGUGACAAAGCAAGUGAUCGUGAAGUCAACGCAUCCACAUCCGACAUCUAUCUUCUCAUUGACUUAAAUGCGACGGUUGCCAUGGUUCAUUAUCAUUAUGCUGGUAAUUUGCUUGCACGUGGUUGCUGGGAGGAGGUUAAAAUCAUUACAAAGACCGCACUUACACUGGCCGAGAAUUCUAGUAUGCCUAUUGAAGAUUUGGAGACAUUGCAGCAAUGCAUUCAUGAUCUUUGGUUAGAUAUGUCUAGCAGUGAUUGUAAUUAA